GGGAGAGAUAUUUAUAGCCUAAAGCGAGGCUGCAGCACAGAGAUAAGGCUUGGGACCAAGCCACAGGCAGACAGGGCUUCAGGGAAACGAGGACGCGUCAAAAAUGAAACAGUUCCUUUCGGUACUUUUGUUCGGGGCCGCGGUGGUCGCUCUGGCCAGCGCGGCCGGUGCCGACGGGGAGAUCUCCUUCGAGUACCACCGCUACGAGGAGCUGCGGAAGGCGCUGGUGUCGGUGUGGCUGCAGUGUCCGACCAUCACCCGCAUCUACACCAUCGGGGAGAGCUUCGAGGGCCGCGAGCUGCUGGUGCUGGAGAUGUCCGACAACCCCGGGACGCACGAACCUGGUGAGCCCGAGUUUAAAUACAUCGCCAACAUGCACGGCAACGAGGCCGUGGGCAGAGAGCUCCUCAUCUAUCUGGCUCAGUACCUGUGCAACCAGUACCAGCAGGGCAACGAGACCAUCAUCGACCUCAUCAGCAACACGCGCAUCCACCUCAUGCCGUCUAUGAACCCAGACGGCUUUGAGAAAGCCGCCUCUCAGCCCGGAGAGAUCAAGGACUGGUUUGUGGGCCGCAGCAACGCACAGGGGGUGGACCUGAACCGUAACUUCCCCGAUCUGGACCGCAUCAUCUACAUCAACGAGCGGGAGGGCGGAGCCAACAACCACCUGCUGCAGAACAUGAAGAAGGCCGUGGAUGAAAACACCAAGCUCGCCCCAGAGACCAAAUCCGUGAUCCACUGGAUCAUGGAUAUCCCAUUCGUCCUCUCAGCUAACCUGCACGGAGGCGACGUCGUGGCCAACUAUCCAUACGAUGAAACCCGCACUGGAUCCACCCACGAGUACAGUGCCAGUCCCGAUGAUGUGAUGUUCAAGUCUCUGGCCAGAGCUUACUCCAUUUACAACCCAGUCAUGUCCGACCCCCAGCGACCCCCUUGCCGCAAGAACGACGACGACUCCAGCUUCAAAGAUGGCAUCACUAACGGCGGGGCUUGGUACAGCGUGCCAGGAGGAAUGCAGGAUUUCAACUACCUCAGCAGCAACUGCUUUGAAAUCACUCUGGAGCUCAGCUGUGACAAGUUCCCCAAUGAGGACACUCUGAAGAACUACUGGGAGCAGAACCGCAACUCCCUCGUCAACUACAUCGAGCAGGUUCAUCGUGGCGUCAAGGGCUUUGUCCGUGACCUCCAGGGCAACCCCAUUUCCAAUGCCACCAUCUCUGUGGAGGGUAUUGACCAUGACUUGACCACAGCCAAAGAUGGAGACUAUUGGCGCCUACUGGCUCCAGGAAACUACAAAGUGGCAGCUUCUGCUCCAGGAUACCUGACUGUCAUCAAGAAGGUGGCUGUUCCCUACAGCCCUGCAACCAGGGUGGACUUUGAGCUGGAGUCUCUGAUGGAGAGGAAGGAGGAGGAGCGGGAGGAACUGAUGGACUGGUGGAAGAUGAUGUCAGAGACACUGAACUUCUAAAGCGUUUGUCUCCUUGAUGAUCGGACCGUCCGCACAUCGAUGUAAUAUAUUCAACAUUCUGUGUGCCCGUCCACUCUAAAAAAAAGAAUAUAUUGUCUCUUUUUUGGUUGUGUUCUCCUUCCAUUAUCAUUUUAAUUGAUUUUGUUGUUUAUUAAUGUAACGGUUUGCCUCAUACUCCUGUAGACUGCACACACAGUGAAAGACGAAGGAGGAAUAUGCAGGUAGAUUGCUGGCAGUGAGAUUGGUGUUGACUUCCGUGGUAUUGUGUUCUUUAUUGUACACGUGAUUGGUAACCAUGGCACCCAACUAUAUAACCAAUGAAUGACUGACUAAUUAUGUACGUAAAAGAGCCGUUUACGUCAUCAACACAUGGCUCUGUCGAUAAGGAUUCAUCUUCUUUCCUGUUUUAAAUGUCUCUGUUUCUCCAGGCUUUAGUACAGACACACAAACGCUAGUGCACACAA